AUGCUACUGUCGGACAGCUUCCAUGAGACUGUCGCAUCCUUCGCUGCAGAAACUUUUGAUGACGUCAGCAGUCCGACUACGUCAACAUUUUCCGGUCACAUAUACAAAUAUCACCGUUUCGUGCAGAAUUUAGUCGAGGUAGCCGUUUGUCUGCACUGUGGACCGAACGGUAAACGGUUCCUGCUGCCGUAUUGGCGAGCAGCGGUCGAGGGUCGAAUCGGGGUAGUGAUAAAGAGUGCAGUGCGAACACAGCGUAGCUUCAUGUUGCCGUUUCGGUCGCAGAUUCACAGUACCGAUCGGCUGGCUUAG